AUGGCAAGGACUGUAAACCCGGAUCUGCACAAACCGCACUUGAUAUCAAUUCUUGGAGUUCUCACGAAGAAAAAGUACUAUUGGCGCUCUAACGGCCAACAAGGAUUAGCUUGUAUCCUCUAUGUUCGCGAUCUCCAACACCCGGAUACUAUUGAGAUUCGAGUGGACACGUCGCUCUUCGGUUUGCUAGGCGCGUUGCAGGUGAAUUGUGUCGUGGAGCUCACUCGCCUCCAAGGGUUUAUAGCUCGCUCAAGCUUCAAGGUUUAUCUAAGUUGGAUUCACCUUACUGCAGCACGAAUUGUACCGACUUUGUCGGUGCCACGAGACGCGCAACUUUUCGGUUUGAUGUCGACCAAGCUCCUAAACGACCUGUACUAUUCUGCAAAUGUUGACCGAAUGUUGCAUCGAUUUGUGGUUGGCGUGGUGCACAUAAGUUACGUCGUGCUAAAGCGAAAAUGUGGCUUGUGUCAUCAGGCAUUGGAGUUCAAUAAGCGUCGCGCGGUCUGGAAACAUACAGAGCAAACGCAAGCGAAAUAUUCGCGAGUUUGUGUGCGAAAGUGGCAGCAAAUAACUUCAUCUGAUUCUGUGUUCAAGACGCAUACAUAUAUGGGUGCAACAGUGCGUUGUGUCAUUGACGACGGCUCUGGCCAGGCUGAGUUAUUUGCGCAGAAUGAUGUUGCGUGGGAGUUGCUUACGAACUGA